ACUACUCGGUCUCUGGAACCCAAAACCCCUAAAGCCCUAGCCCUGCUACUCUUCUCACCCUGUCUUCGUCACCACAAGCAACCACCGUCGCCAAUGGCCCUUCGCUUCGUCCGCCUCCGCCGCGUUCUUUACGUCUCGUCUUCUCUCCUUCACCACUCUAUCUAUCAGCCCAAACCAAUCUCCUCAGCGUUCACUCACUUUCUGCCGAGCCCCACUGCCCCCUUCUCCACCCAAUUGGUGCGGCCAUUCACUUCAACCACCUCGCUUUUCCGCAAGACAUUUGAUCCGGAGACCGAUGAAAUUGGGCCUGACACUAUCCUCUUCGAAGGAUGCGAUUACAACCACUGGCUGAUCACCAUGGAUUUCCCCAAGGAUUCCAAUCUUACUCGAGAACAAAUGAUUGAGACCUACGUUAAUACAGCUGCCCAGAUCUUCGGCAGUGUGGAAGAAGCAAAGAAGAAAAUAUAUGCACUAAGUACAACAACGUAUCAAGGUUUUCAGGUUGAAUGCUCAGAAGAAACAUCUGAAAAGUUUAAGAGUCUACCAGGAGUUGUAUUUGUAUUGCCGGAUUCGUACAUUGAUCCGGUAAAUAAGGAAUAUGGAGGAGACAAGUAUGUAAAUGGAGAAAUUUUUCCUAGACCACCCCCAGUACACUAUGGGAGACGCAACAAUAGGGAUAGGCGUCCAAGAGAGCAGUCACCAUACCAGCAAGGAAAUGCAGCAUAUAAUAGCCAAGGGCCUCCUGGUCAGAACUACGGACCGCCACCACAGCAGAACUACGGACCGCCACCGCAGCAGAACUACGGACCGCCACCGCAGCAGAACUACGGACCGCCACCUCAGCAGAACUACGGGCCGCCACCGCAGCAGAACUACGGGCAGCCACCACAGCAGAACUACGGGCAGCCACCACAGCAGAACUACGGGCCGCCACUACGGCAGAACUAUGGGGGUCCACCCCAGCAGAACUAUGGGCCACCGCCCCAGCAAAAUUAUGGGCCACCGCCCCAGCAAAACUAUGGGCCACGACCACAGCAGAAUUAUGGACCACCACAGCAGAGCUAUGCACCAAGGCCACAGCAAAGCUAUGGACGACCACCUCAUCAAAGUUAUGGGAACACACCAAAUUUCCCACCUCAACAAAAUUAUAGCCCACCACCUAGUAAUGCUGCAGGAAGUGGUGAAAGAAAUCCAAUGCCGCCUUAUCAGGGAAACUUCAAUCAAGUAGAGCCUGAGAGCCAGUAUGCUCAAGGACAGAGGAACUUUUCAUCCACGGGAAACAAUUGACCGAGUGAGGAUAUAUACUAUAAGAAGCAGUCUUUACUUUGAGACACUCUACGAGAAGACUGAUGCCAACUUGUCCGCCAGAAUAUGCACUCAUUUGUCUUUCUACUUCCAUAAUGAGGAGAGUCUAGGAGGUGUAUUGCUUGUCAUGUUGAAGUUAGAUGUUGAAAAAGCCUUUGAAUCUAUGGCCAUGGUAAAUAGGUUACCCUGCUUAGUUUAUGUUGUUGGUGGAACUGAAGUCUUGCAUGAAUCAUACAGUUGCUCCUCCUUGGUUGGAGUUUGAAGACGCAUGUACUAUACAUUGAAUUCAUCACUUCUCGAGGUGGUUUUAUUUGUUAAUAACUUACAUUAACCAAUAGCUAAACGAGUUUUAUCCA